GUCACAUGUGCGUGUAGGAUUCCAUAUCAGUUCCUGUCAUGGCAGCAUGCAGUGACGACUUUAUUUGCUACUGUGUGUUAUACAAGACUCUUUUGUGUGACACAUCGGGAGGGGGAUCUUUUUACUGCGCGGAGCAAAGAAAAACACAGCACCAGGCUCAGCGCCUUUUCAAGGAGCAAAAGGCGGAGGAAAGCGAGAAAGUUGUCAUCCAGAUGUUAAAGGCCUCGACUAUAAAAGGUAGCUUUCGAAAAAUUAACAAGUACGUAUACAGAACAUUGCGAGAGAACGUAGAAGCUGUUGGGAUCUCUCUUUUCUAGUAUGAUUCUAUAUGACGCCAGUUUGAAGAAGAUGAGAGAGAGAACGUGAGUAAAAGUUCAAUUCAUUGGUUUUCAGCUUUUAUCAAAAACUGAUAUGAGCAAGCGACACACGAGGAAAUAACAAAGCGAUCCUGAGACUUAUUG